AUAUAAUCGUUUUACUACCGCGGUAAUAUCGCGUUCUAUACAGUUACAGUCUCGUUACACUAUUAAUUUAUUUAAAUUUGAAGAAACGGUAUAAAUUCAACUCGGAACAAAAAAAAAUAGUGAACCUGAGUUGUACCACUUGAUGAUCAGUUGUGUUAACGUUGGAAAUAUGUGCGCACCCACUUAUUUAAAAAUAUUCAAACGUUGUUGAAAAGAACUUACAGUGCAAAAAGAAAAGGAGAAAAGAAAAUGGCAACGUUAUCGUACAGUUACAUGCCAGAUUAUUUUUCUUUGACGGAUAUCUUGUGUACGGAGGAACGAUUGUCAUGCAAAAUAGAGGUUACGUUGCCACGUUUAGGUUUCCUAGAUCUUUCUUCUGAAUCAGAGGAUCUAAAACUAGGUACAAAAUUAGAGCUUCCGUUGUGGUUGGCACAACCACUGAAUAUCUCAAGAGAACCUGUAGUCAGUAUAGAUAUACCAAAAACAUACAAAGAAGGCUACAGGGAAAUCUUAUUAGCAGAUGCAUGUACUGUUGUACUGAAUAAAUGGAAUCCAUAUUAUUAUGAAUUAGGAAUGUACUUAAAGAAAUUCAAUAAUCGUGAUUGCGAAAUGAUUAUUGACAGUUUACUGUUGACCUUUAGAUCACGAUUUAGACUAGUCAUGGAUUGGGCACAGAAUCCUAUUUCCGACCCCACACUCAACAAUUUACUACCCAGAUUAGAAAGAGAACUAUUUAUCACGGGAAAGAAAGCCAAGCAACAAUUGGAUGAAUGGCUAAAGAAAGGUUCGAACGUUAUUGAAACUUCACAAAGUGCCAUGAAUCUUAAAAAACGUGAAUAAACUUCUUGAGAUAUUGAGAUGGGAAGGGAGAACGGGACGCAGUCGGUUUGAUUUUCGGGGAAAAUUGCAUAACGGAACGGAACAACUGCGAGAUAUAUGCGCGGACGAGGUAUCAAAUAAACGGCCGUUUCACGACGAACGCGCGCAUUUACUCAUACACGCGCUCGACGGAAUUAUGUAAGCACAAAAAAGGUGAAGGUCGUCGGAUCGGUUCUUUCACAUACGCUUCCGAAUCUCUCGAAAAAUGCUGACACAAGUCAGCGAGGAAGGAUGUAUCGGUGUCACACUGAUAUCGAUAGCUUUUGUCGCGAAUCAAGAUAUCUUCGUACGCUCGAUAAGAAGUCACUUGUUACGAUGUAUACCUGAUUUCUGAUGAACACGUCGGUCUUUCGUGCUCGAAGCGUGCACACAACAUUCGUUUAGAAAUAUCGAGUCUCACAGGCUCGUGUCUCACCGAAGACACGAAAUCCGCGUGAAUUUCCGCCGCAGACGGCUCCGCGAUAGUCGAAUAAUAACGGCGAUACUUUUGGAAUAUCGCUCGAGAUAGAAUUAAAAUCGAAUUUUGUUAAUAAUCAUUAUAUGUUUACAUCAACCCUUUGAGACCCGGUUACAUUAACCUUUUAAGGAUGUUGUAUGUAAUAACUGUAAAAUAACUGUAAAAAAAUAACUGAAAAUAAAAAUAUUUUCUAUGUGAUCGAUCUAUGUUGUUUUAUGGAGAGCACUCUUGGAACUAUUUAGUAGUUACAUUUCGCAAGAGUAGCAACUAAAUUUUUAGCAAUUUUUAAAUUUUCUAUAGUAAACAAUUCAAUUGUUUUCUAUGGAAACUGCUCUCUAAAGGAAACUUUUAUACCGCUAUUUAUUUGCUGAUAUCUCUAUUGAAAAAUAGAACUAAAUUUCUAAAAUAUAAGACUGGAACUCGAAGGAAAAAGAUAGAACGGAUAUUCAUUUAGAGAGAAUUCAACUAGUAUUCGUCUUAUCGUUCUGACAAAAUUUUACGUUUAAAUCUUGCAAUGGGAGAACCGUUUCGCUCGAUGAGGCAAAAUUUUUGCGCAACAUGUGCGAAGAGAAAACCAGCCGAGGUUUGCCUAAUAUUAAUCUCGUGCGAAAAGAAGCGACACCAACACCAAAACCCGAGGAAUAUCUCAAACAUACGGUAACACCCUAGUCUAGUUAUUGUUAUUUAUCCAAUAUUAUUUAUCCAAACCGAAACGCAACUUACACAUGCAGCACAAGUAAACGAAGCAAGUCGGUUGUGUCAACGCGGUUGUGUUAAUCCCGACACAGUUAUGAAAUCUAUCGAGAAAGAAGAGAGAGAGUAUGUGUUUGUGUGAGGAAAAGAGAAAUAUAAGCAUUCACACGGAAAUCUCAAAUGCCUUUUAGUGAAUAUGAAAACCUUGAAAAAAUGUUUUCCGAAUGUCUAACAGGCCUCACGUUGAUAUUCGACGCGAGCAUAUGAGCUUUUCGGACAUAUCUUAAGUAUUUUAUACGUUUCCCGACUCUAUACAUGGAAAGAAUAUUAUAAUUCUUUUUCGUGUAAAUUCUUUUCAAUUAUAUUAUGUUUUAUAGUAGUAUAGAAAUAAUAAAAAUAAAGUUUAUCCACAUGAUAGAGUACAGUAAAUUUUAAGCAUAGAUAUAAAUUUUAAGCAUAGAUAUAAAUUUUUCAACAGCAAAUUUUAGUUCCUAAAAAUGAUAAUAUGUAUAAAAGGACAAUAAAUUAACAAAGAAUUGAUAAUAUAUUAAGAAAAAACGUGAAUACAUUCCUCUAAAGCAAUUUUUGUUGUAGAAUUGUCUAAUUUUUUUAGUGGUGAUUUAAAAUGACUGCGUUUCUUUUAAAUUAACGUAUUCAGAUUUUUUCUCCUUGCUGCUAUUUUCCUUGAAGAAUUUUGAAAAGUAGAAUAUAAAAUAUAUUUAAUCUUUAUUUGUGCUUGCUAUGAGUAAAAGUAAAGAGAAACUUGAUAUUUUCGAACGAAACUUUUCCGAGCAUACCAUUUAAGAGGCUGAUAGUAGACUUUUUAGUUCCUAAAAUAUAAAUAGCACGUAUAAAAGACGGAAAGAUAAUAAAUUAAAGCAAACUUUCGAUAGGUUCUUCGGUCACAAGAUAUUUUUCAGUAAUUUUUACUACAAUAUUUCAGUAAUUUUUUAUUACAAUACUUAUAUUACAAUGAUUCUCUCCGUGUGUAAACUCUCCUCAGAGGCGAUUUUACGCGACUCGUGGGACCUUCUUUCUCGAAUCUUUCUCGUGCUACACCCGAGACCGCUUGCUCCGCUCGACAAGAGAAACUACCAACACCGUAAAACUUGACAGACAACUUCAUACACUCUACGUACC